CUGCCCUCAUUCUCUGGGAAGUCAACAUCCAUGUCUUCGUGACUGUUCUCUUUCUUAUCCCUAGAAUGGACCGGCAUAUUGACCCUUUCUUUAAAAAAAAGUCAAAUCUCAAACCCGACGUCUACAUUAAUUAAACCGAACGUUUACUUCACCCCAACAUCACAUUUUCAACCCAGGUGGGGAGUACGGGAAGGAGACAAGCAGUUGCCUGAGCUAACUGACAGCUUCAUUGGCCAUUCGCAAGACCGGAGUGGAAAUGCUUUGUGUCGUAACCAGCAGUGACACCAAUCGGCGAGGCAGAGGGCUGGGCCUAAGGGGGAUCGAAUGGAAGCGCGCAAAACAACCUCUGCCGGUAGCUGGGUCUUUCCGUGUACCCUGGGAGUUGUAGUAUAAGAACUCUUAAUGGGUUGCGUACUUCUCCACAAGUAAAACCACAAUUCCCGGCAGCCUCUGCAGCGUACAUUCCUACGGUGGCAGCGGGAAAACAGACAUGACUAAACAUCGUCGGAGCAGUCAAGAGAAAAGUGUUUGGACGACGGAACGUUUUCAGAAUAAUUAGUUCGUACUUGGGCGGUAGCGAUUUGAUAUGAAAUUUACUUUGAUUGCAAGGCCGCAGCGUGAGACCUGGCGUGAAUUAUUUGUCAUUUCAGUGUUUUGAAAGUACUCUGGUUUUGAUUGAGCGUGCCGAUUGUUUGUCCUGCUGAGAGCCGCCAUGUUUUCGACUGACGGUUGAUCACUGGGCUGUGUUCACCCAGCUGCUGCGUUCAUGGGGUCGGCAUCUUGGACAAGUUUGAUUGUUUUUAGGCCGCGACCUUUUUAUUUAUUUCUCAACAUCUUAAAAAAAUAAGCGUUGGGAAGGUGGGAGGGAGGGGUGUCUGCUGCUUAAUCCAAGGAGCGGAAUGUUUUCUAAAAAGCCUCACGGAGAUGUGAGAAAAUCCACACAGAAAGUCCUGGAUCCGAAGAAGGAUGUUCUGACCAGAUUGAAGCAUCUGAGGGUUGUCAUAGAAAACUCUGAAGCAAGUGAUUUGAAGUCGUUCUUUGAUCAGACAUAUUCGCACAUAUAUUAUGUUUUCUUUGAAAAUUUUGUGGCCAUUGAAACCAGCCUAAAGCAAAAAGGCCACAAAUCACAGAGGGAAGAAUUGGAUUCUAUCCUUUUUAUAUUUGAGAAAAUUUUACAACACCUUCCAGAAAGAAUUCAGAGUAGAUGGCAGUUUCACAGUAUAGGCUUGAUUUUAAAGAAACUCCUUCAUUUCGGGAACUCCUUGAAGAUAAGGAGAGAAGGUGUACGUCUCUUUUUGUUAUGGAUGCAAGCACUCCAACACAAUUGUACUGAAGAACAACUCCAUAUUUUUGCCUGUCUUAUUCCUGGUUUCCCACCACUACCUUCAGAGCAGGGACCUCGAACACUGGACAACCUGAUCAAUUCCACAUUCUGUUUUCAAGAAACUCAAGUCACUCCAGAAGAAAUCACUCCCCUUGUGCCCCCACAAUCUGGAGACAAAGGGCAAGAUGAUCUUACAAGCUACUUUCUUGAUGCACUGCUAAAAUAUAUGGUAAUCCAGGCAAAGGGAUUAGAAUGGAAAGACAAGGAAAAUCAGGAGAAAGGGUUUGCAUUCUUGUUUGCAAAUUUCAAGAAGUACUAUCUGCCUCACAUAUUUCCGAAUUUUUCAACGGAGACCAGCUUGUUUAACCCAGUCCUUGAUGUCCCACAAUUGAGGUCAAAGCCCUGUUAUAUUAUGACAAAGAAAGAUCCAGAGACAAACGAAACAACAUAUUCUACAAAAGACACAUUUUUGUCUGCUCGUGUGUCAGUCAUCCGUUGGUUGGUAUCUUUCUGGUUUGAGCCAAAAGCCAAUCUAGGACUCCAGAUUCCUGGAGUUGAAGGCGAAAAUAUACCAAAGAAUAUUCAGAGAGCAGCUGCUGGUUUGGCUGCCCGUGAAGAGGGCUCCUGCCGAGGGGACUCUGGAGAUGGCAGUGUAGAGCUGGAGCAAUCCCAUUCAAACACCAGCACCUUAACUGAGCGAGAGCCCAGUUCAUCUAGUCUGUGUAGUGUUGAUGAAGAGCAUCUAACAGAUAUGGAGAUAGUGCGCAAAGUUUUCUACUCCUCAAGAGAGAACGUGAAUUUUAUUAUAGAGGUUUUUCGACAGGCUUUUCUGUUGCCUAUCUGUGAAGCUGCAGCCAUGAGAAGAGUUGUUAAAGUUUAUCAGGAAUGGAUUCAACAAGAGGACAAACCUGUAUUUAUGAAAGAGGCUGAAGAUUUGGGCUACUCUCCUUCAACAAGUGUCAUAAAUUUAGUCAGUGCUGGAGAGCAUGGUGGUUCUUAUCCACUGGAGAAAAAUAAACAGGAAGAGGACAAAAUGAAUAAAACAUCAGCUCAUGUAAGGAAUCUUAGCUGGACAAGGAAUUCAUCAUACCAGAAUGCAAUUAACAAUGCUCCUGAAAUAGAGGAAGAAGAGAAGAAUGUAUGUGCAGGUGUUCAGGCAUCACUGCAGGUUUUUAUAACCAACUCAGCAAAUAUAUUACUGCUAGAACCUGCCAACGAAAUUGGAGUCCUCUUGGAUGAGCAUGUAGAUAUGUGUAAACGUGUUCUCAACAUCUAUAGAUACAUGGUUGUCCACUCAACAAUGAAUAAGAAAACCUGGGAGCAGCUGUUGUUGAUUAUGUUGAGAAUUACAGAAUCUGUUAUGAAACGACCUCUGCAAGCACAACCAUUAUCUCAAGGGCGAAAGAAUUCGGUGUUAGCGGGGAGGCUUGCUACACCACUUUUUCGGACACUAAUAGUAGCCUGGAUCAAAGCAAACUUGGAUGUGUAUGUCUCCCGAGAGCUGUGGGAUGAAUUGUUGAUGGUGUUGUCAUCACUUACGUGCUGGGAAGAGCUAAUUACUGAAUGGGCAAUGACGAUGGAAACCUUGACCAAAGUGCUCGCCCGGAAUUUGUACAACCUUGACUUACAUGAUCUUCCUUUAGAUAAGUUGAGUGAACAAAAACAGAAAAAACACAAAGGAAAAGGUGGCAGUCACGGAUGUCAAAAGUCAGCAGUUGAUAAAUCAUUUUCCCGUGGUUGGAGUCGUGAUCAGCCUGGGCAUGUACAAAUGAGACAACGAAGUGCUACCACUGCUGGUUCUCCUGGAACAGAAAAGGCCAGAAAUAUAGUACGACAGAAAACUAUAGCCAUCGGAAGCCGAUCCAUUGGUGAUUGUGUUUGUACAUCGGCCUCUAUGCGCAAUGCUAAAAGUGCACCCGUCCUGCUCCAUACUUCUUCCAAUCCUUACCUGCUUGACCUAGUCCUCACCCCCUUUUUUGAUGAACUUUCAGAUCUUGAUGAUGCCCAAAUUUUGGCCCGGCCUACUCGAAUAAGGCAUUAUUCUCAGAGUGAAGAAAACACCUCUGAAGUAUUUAACACUGUACGUGAAGAGCAGCCAAUGCCACGAAGCAGCAGCACAUCCGAUAUAAUGGAACCGUUCAUAGCUGAAAGAGCUAAAGGUGCAGUUCCUGUCAUUGACAGUUCAUCAGUUCCUUCAAGUUUGCAAAGUUCUGCUGAGGCGUUCUCAUUAUCUAGGUCCACUGAAAGUCAUUUUACAGACGCACACAAUGCAGAACAUUCUCUGGAAGUUGGUGAUAAUAUUUACGAUCAUCUUUGUCACCUUGUAGGGGAUAUAGAAACAAUAACUUCCUAUUAUGAGUGCAGUCAACACACAAUAGAUGGUAGUGAGGCAGAUUUACUGUCUUCCAUACAGAAGUAUUUUAAUGAGCCGACUGAAGAAAUGGAACACACCAAACAUAAAUCGGGAGAGGAUGCAAAUGGCAUUUCAUUAAAUGAAAGUAUCACAUUAAUGGUAGGUGAGAUUGAUCUAGACUAUGUAAGGCAAGUAAAAAUAUGCAAUAGUAGUAGCCAGGAUAAGAUUUUGGGAGGAAAAACUGAAACGCAGGUAAAACUACAGGACCUGGAAAAUGUUGAAAGUUCUAUUCCAUAUCUAGAAGAUGAUUAUUUGAAGACCAAUAUUGAAGAGCAUAAUUACAAGCCACUUGAAAGCUUUGAACAGGGAAUUUCAUCACAAAUGGAGUCAGAAAAUCCAGAUUGCAGACAGAGACAAAAAGUUCUUAUUCGCCAGGUGGCAACUGAGGUAGACCAUAGAAACAUGGUAAUCUCAACAGAUCAGCAAUGUGAAAGGAAACAGCUAGCUGAUGCCUCUUGCCAAACCUCUGCCAUUGUACAACUUAAUAAGUUAACUGAAGCGUAUAGCAUGUGUUCAAAUACGUUUUCACACAGAACCACAAUUACUGACCCACUUAAAGCUUUAAGUGCACAAAAAUCUUCAGCUAACCAAGAAAUCACUGCAGCAACACCAGAACCGCAGUACUUAAGCAUAGCAAAUAAGAAAAAAAAUAGCAAUAUGCAUGUUAGUUUUAGGCCAUCUACUGAGUCUGUACAGUUCCACAGUCAGGUGGACAGUAAGGAAGCUCAUUGGAAGUUGAGACUUCGAAGACUUGGUGGUUUCAGCAGUGGCUCUUCUGCACCAACUGAUUCAGUGAAACCUGGUGUGUACAGACCUCUGGACACGAGAGUUUCUCAUAAUGAAUAUAAGAAUCGAAAAUCAACGUUGAUUACUGCUGCAAGUAUCCCACUGCUGAAGGGAAGUACAGGUGGUAGUCAGGGCACUGGUCAUGGAACACUUAGGUCAUGUAGCUUACAGGAAUCAGUACAGCAACAGAGUUCCCUUGGUGGUGUUUAUAGAACUGUUGUACACGCUUUUUCAAAGUCGAAAGCAAAUGUUUCCCCACAGAGGCAGAGAAAAGUGCCAGCAGAGGCUCCACUGAGGGAUCUUUACAGUCAUGUUUUGGGAUAUUUUGGAAGGAAAGUUGCAGUCAACAAGGAAGACCCUAAUCAAAAACCCCGACCUUUCAGCACUGAUAUUGGCAAUAGUAAUCCCAACAUCAGUGAUCUUAUGGAUGAGUUUAUAGCAGAACGAUUGCGAACUGGUACUUCAGUGAAUGUUUUAAGGAGAGGAAGUAGUCCUGGUAGUUUGGAAGUGCCAAAAGAUCUUCCUGAUUUGUUGAACCGACAGAACCAGACCAGACCAAUCGAUGACCCAGGCAUCCCAUCUGAAUGGACUUCCCCGGCCAGUGCUGGAAGUAGUGAUCUCAUUAGUUCUGACAGCCAUUCGGAUUCUUUCAAUGCUUUCCAAUAUGAUGGACGAAAAUUUGAGAGCUUUACAUUUGGCAGUGAAACCACUUCUACCAUAUACACUGAAGCAGAUCUAGGACCACUACGGCAAACGGAUGCUGAGCAAGAAUUGGCGAAUUUAACUGCUAUUCACAUUGAUUCCGAAACUAGUAGCCUCAAUCUGCAGACCACUUCACUUGACACAGUUACAAUCACAGGCUCUGAAAGUGCUUCUCCUUCACACUCAAACACAUGUUCGAGAUCUCAGACGCCUUCUCCAUCCACUUUGAAUGCUGAUCACAUGGAACAAAAAGAUUUACCCCUGGAUGAAAAAUUGCAUCAUUCAGUCUUACAGACUCCAGAUGACUUGGAAAAUAGUGAAUUUCCAAAUGAAGAUUGCAGUGUGAUGGCAGGAGGAAGUCUUAAAGGUUGGCAUGAAGAUGUUGCUACAGUUAUGUGGAGACGAAUGCUUGGUAUUUUGGGAGAUGUCAACUGCAUUAAGGAUCCUGAAAUUCACGCUCAAGUGUUUGACUAUUUAUGCGAACUAUGGCAGAAUUUGGCCAAGGUAAGAGAUAAUCUUGGAAUUACAAUAGACAAUCACACCUCCCCACCACCUCCUGUUUUGAUACCACCGCUCAGAAUUCUAACUCCUUGGCUUUUUAAGGCAACAACAUUACCAGAAAAAUACAAGCAAGGAAAGCUGCAUGCUUACAAGCUUAUCUGCAAAAUUAUGAAACGGCGUCAAGAUGUUUCACCUAAUUCCGAUUUUCUGGUUCACUUCUACAAUAUAAUGCACAGUGGACUCCUAAAUCUUGAUCAGGAUAUUGUGAACACCAUCAUCAAACACUGUUCUCCAAGGUUUUUUUCUAUCGGGUUGCCUGGUGCUACCAUGUUAAUUUGGGACUUUAUAGUUGCUGCUAGCAAAGUAACAUUCUCUUCUUCGCUUAAUGCUCCAAGAGUAGAAGCGCAGAUUCUUUUGGGUUCUUUAGUCUGUGUCCCAAAUGUAUAUAUAGACCUCCCUACGUUACAGCCUUCUCUUGUGGACAUCUUAUCAACAAAAUGUGAUGAUGUUAAGGAACUCGUAAUUAAAAGCAUUUUAAAAUCAGCAAGAGAAGAACCUUCUGGACCAGCUAGAUGUGUUGCACUUUGUAGCCUUGGCAUUUGGCUCUGUGAAGAAUUGGUACAUGAUACUCGCCAUCCACAAAUCAAAGAUGCCCUAAAUGUAAUUUGUGUAACUUUAAAGUUUCCAAACAAAGCGGUUGCACAAGUGGCUUGUGAUGUUUUGCAUUUAUUGAUCAAUUAUGUGGACAAACUUCAGAAUUAUCCAUCAGAUUCUCCAAAAAAAAUUCUUGAGAUAUUGAUGGCAACAAUUACUUACCUGUUACCCAGUACAGAAGUAUCUCCACAUGAGCAGGAUAAAAGGCUAGUGGUAUCCCUAUUGCUUUGCUUAUUGGACUGGUGCAUGGUGCUGCCUUUAAAAAUACUCCUGCAAGCUGUCCAAGCUGCAGGGCAAGAUAAGGAUAACGCUGACAAAUCCAUUCUCAGUUGUAUUUACAAGGUGCUGCAUGGCUGUGUAUAUGGAGCGCAAUACUUCAGUAAUCCGAGAUACUUCCCUCUGAACUUAUCAGACCUUGCCUCUGUUGAAUAUGAUCCAUUUUUACAUUUGGAAAGCUUGAAAGAACCAGAGCCUUUGCAUUCCCCAGAUUCUGAGCGAUCAUCAAAACUGCAAACUGUCACAGAGGUGAGGAGUCGUAUUCAGCAAGGUUUGAUCUCAAUCGCUGCCCGGACUGUGAUAAUUCAUUUGGUAAACCACGUUGGCCAUUAUCCAUUGAGUGGUGGCCCAGCAAUGCUGACCAGCUUAAUAAGUGAAAACCAUGACAAUCCUUUUACUGACUGCACUGAGCUUUCCCCUGAACUUUUUGAAAACCCAAAUCUCCAGUUUUUUGUGCUGAAUAGUUCAACACUUAUUUCAUACCUGGAAAUCCCUGUUGAGGACAAUAUCCCAGGAGGAGGGAUGUCAGCUGGACUCUCAACAGCUACCUCAAACAUUAGAGUUGUGGUACGUGAUAUAUCUGGUAAGUACUCCUGGGAUUCUGCAAUUCUAUAUGGACCACCGCACUUCUGUCAACAAAAGCAAAUUGCUUCCAAGGUCAGCAAUCUUUGCAGAGAAGAACAGAUGGCUGAACCUCUCUCCAAUGAAACAGAAACCGAUGAUGUAGAUUUAAGGGAAUAUUUGGUACCUCAAACAAAAAGAAGGUGCGGGGAAAUUGUGCCAUCUUGGGAUGUAAUCCGUGAUGAUGAAGAUGCCUUGGAUGAGCUGUUGCAGUACCUUGGUUCCACCAGUCCUGAAUGUCUCCAGAGAGCUGGUGUGCAACUUAAUAUCCCUGCUGCCGCUCCUGUUUGUUUUUCAGAGAAACAGGAAAAUGAUGUAAUCAAUGCAAUAUUAAAACAAUACACAGAAGAGAAGGAAUUUGUAGAGAAUCAUGGCAAUGAUCAUAAUAUGAAAGCGAUGGAGCAGGAGGAGCCUUGCCCACAAGAGCCUCAGUCUAUGUUUUACUAUUGCAGGAUGCUGCUGAAUAUUCUUGGCAUGAAUUCAUGGGAUAAUAGGACCAGUUUCCAUCUUCUGAAGAAAAAUGAAAAGCUUUUGCGGGAACUUAAAAACCUAGACUCAAGGCAAUGUCGAGAAACACACAAGAUAGCAGUGUUUUAUGUUGCUGAAGGGCAGGAAGAUAAACACUCCAUUCUAACGAAUACUGGAGGAAGCCAAUCCUAUGAGGAUUUUGUAGCGGGGCUUGGUUGGGAGGUUAACCUUACUAAUCAUUGUGGCUUCAUGGGUGGACUACAAAGAAAUAAAAGCACUGGUCUCUCCACUCCAUACUUUGCUACCUCCACCGUAGAAGUAAUAUUUCAUGUAUCUACAAGAAUACCUUCUGAUUCAGAUGAUUCUUUAACAAAGAAGUUGAGACACCUCGGGAAUGAUGAAGUGCACAUUGUCUGGUCAGAACAUACAAGAGACUACAGAAGAGGAAUUAUUCCUACUGAAUUUGGUGAUGUCCUGAUUGUUAUUUAUCCAAUGAAAAAUUAUAUGUUCAGUAUCCACGUAAUGAAAAAGCCAGAGGUACCAUUUUUUGGCCCACUCUUUGAUGGUGCUAUUGUGGAUGGGAAAGUUCUACCAAAUCUAGUUCGAGCUACAGCAAUCAAUGCAAGUCGAGCUCUAAAGUCACUAAUUCCACUGUAUCAAAAUUUCUAUGAGGAGAGAGCUCGAUAUCUGGAAACCAUUGUACAACACCACCAGGAGCCAACCACUUUUGAAGAUUUUGCUGCCCAAGUCUUCUGUCCAGCCCCUUGUCACAACAUACCAUCUGAUUCAGAAAGAAAUGCUGUGAUAUUUCUUCUUCUUCCCAAACCUCCACUAGAAAACAUUGGCCUCAUCAAGGUAAAGGGCAAAGGCUUGAAACGGAAGGUCUUUCACGCUAGCUAUGAAUGGCUCAUGCCCAGAGAGUCAGCAGGCCGAAAGUCCUGCAGCACAGGGGGCGGACGGGAUCGACUUAGCCUCUCCAAUGUCACCUCGUGCUAGCAAGAGUCGUGUGUCUAUGAAAUUGCGGCGUUCAUCUGGUUCGGCUAAUAAAUCUUAACAAACACAUCAUAACAAAAAGUUACACUCCUAAUUCACUGGCCAUGAAUUAAUGUGUUUUUUUUAACUUAUUAUUUUACUGCUUAAGCCACAUGUUUUGCCUCUUGCUAAUUUAGUAACUGCGUGUUACGACUCCAUGCAGUUUAAAACCUGUUCCUUGUAAACUACUUUUUAUUAAGAACACUGGAGUUCUAUUUUUAGCUUACCAAAAUAUAUAUUUUAGCAAUCUACGCUUGGUUGUACAGUGCAGCUACCCUGCACCUAACUGAUUAUGUAUCUGUAUAUUUACUGCACUUUUAAUCACACUUAGUGUUUUGAAAAACAUUUUCUUGUUGAAUUGCAUUUGGCUAGUCAGGUUGAAUGACCCAUUUGUUAUUAGGUACCAUCACUAGGAAUUUACAGCAGUCUUGCUUGGCUGUAUAUUGUGUAAUUUGUACAGUUUUGUUUUACAGUAGGAACAUUUCAGAUUACUUGUGCACAAUUCAGGAAUGUAUAGUAAGUUUUCAGUUUUUAUGUAGAUGUAAAGUUGUUUCAAAAUAUAUACACCAAAUCAAUCUUAUGGCACAAAACAUGUACAGAAUAUUUUCAUUUUAAAUUAUAAGUAUGAAUUUUCCAAGGAAUGUAAAUGGUCUCUUAGCAUUUCAGCUAUAAAACGUAGCCUGACAAAACAAAAAUCAAGAGAAAAUAUAUGGACUUGUUUUUAUUUUAAACACUGACAUAUAUAUAUAAAAUAUAUAAUCGUUAAAUGCUGAAAAUGCUGCUGUGUUAAACUAUUUACUUAUGCAUGGCUUCCAACCAAGAAACUGUAGAAAAAACACUGUAGGUGAAAUCUGGAAAAAGGCAAAGUUAUUGCUGGAAUGAUGAAAAUUCUGGAUGUAUUUAGAUAUGUUCUCUUACAGGGUUUGCACACAAAUAUGUUUUCAAUUUUCUGUGAUAUAUUCAUUAAGGAGAAAAGGGAUCAUUUAAGAGUGUCUGUAUAACCAAUUUAACUUGAAUUGAGUCAAAUUUAAAUUGCUGAAGUGCAGCAGAAUGCAUAUUCCAGCUGUAUUUUCCUACAAGAAAACAUUAUUUUGUAGGUGACUUGCAAUGUUACUACUAACAGUAUGUAGCAUGAUGUCAGUACUAACUGCAUGUGUAAAUAUCAUAUGUGAAAUAUUAUAUUAUGUAUUGUCAUUCAUUUAGUUGUCUCUAAAAAUUUGUAAUGGCUGAAGAUGCGCUGUUUAAUAUUGCAAUAAAAAUUAUUCUUACCCUGUCUA